AUGCGAGUUGCUCUUCAGCUGCUGGCUAUUUGCCAACUUGUCUGUGCAUCACCAUGCAAGCCUUCUUCUUCCUCUGCUUCAGUCGCUUUAUCUACGACUUCCACUGAAGCCUCGUCUACUGCCGUUGUUUCAUCUUCAACUAUCGCCGAUGAAACUGAGACGUCUACCACUUUCUUCACUGAAUCGACGGCCGUGUCCGAGACUGAGACAGCUACUAGCGAGACAGGGACUGAGACAGCUUCUGGCUCUACCACUAUCCUGAUCACCACUUCAAGUGCUGAACCAACUACACUCGCGACAUCCACUGCGGAACCUACAACCACCACAACAGCUGCCGCAGAACCAACCAACGUCAUCACAAACCCUGGGUUCGACUCAGGUAGCACCGCCCCCUGGUACACACUCGGAGGCCGCGGCACGCUCUCCUUCACGGACGAAGAUACACACUCCGGCGAAUUCUCUGGCCACUUCUAUACAGCUGGUUACAUCAGCCCUGUCGUCCUGGGCAUCGACCAUCCUGUUGACGCAUCCCUGAUCAAGGCUGACACUGAGUACCAUUAUUCUAUCUGGAUCAAGACAAGCACGGCUGUUAACUGCCAGUCACGAAAGAUUACCUGUGGUGCCGGGGGCGGGUACAUCUCGGGCUCCGACUGGGCUGGGCCGUAUAAUGAAUGGACGGAGUUUACUAUGAGCUGUACUUGGAGUCAAAUGUUUUUGGACAUGGUGCCGAGUAUUCAGAUUCGGGCGGAGUGUCAGAAUUUGGAGUUUUAUGUUGAUGAUGCGGUUCUUAUCGAGGCGAACUAG